CUUGUUCAGAUCAACAGGACCAAUUGCAGACCAUUAACUGGCUUGAUAAGAUUGUAUCAUCUCGUUCUGUGCUGUACCUAUAGCUUGUAUACGGACUUAAGUGUUUCUCCUUCUAUUUUUCUGUAUGAAACUAGCUUGGAAAUAAGCAGGAAAUCAGUAGACCGGAUGUUGUUUCCCCUUAUUCUGAGCUCUAUUUUUAGCAUUGGAGUUUUUCUCUGCACCCCGCUCUCAGAGCUAAAAUCGUUGGCUGAACAGUAAGGGGACACUACUACCGUCUCAAGUGAGGCGUUCAGCAGACGUGGGGGCUGAUUUUAAGCGAAACGCUCUGACGGGGGAGAUUCUCAGUUUUUCCCCAAAUCACAAUCGAACUUUAUUAAUAGUGGUGGGAUUUCUGUUCAAAGGAUUCAACUUUUUUAACAAAUUGCAAGUUAUUAGAACUUAUUUUUAGUAGACCACAACAUUAUAUUAACAUAUAUUUUUUAAAAAAUAUUUAUAUUACUGUGCUUCGUAUCAGUCGAUUACAUACAUUAAUUACAUAUAUUUAAUAAGAUCUAGAUCUAUCUGUAUGUAAAAUUAAAGAGGAUCUACCAAGGCGUUUGUGUGUGUUUGUUUUUUAUUAUGGUGUGUAUUACGCAGAAGUAGAGAUUAUUUAUUAAAAAGUGACUUUUAGUAGGCGCCUGGGAUUCCUGUUUUGAUUUGGAAACUAAUACGGAUUGGAUUUAAUUCAAGGGACAGCACUGACCUUCGUUUUGGUUGUGAUUUUUUAAAAAUAUAUUUGUGGUGAUAAAACUGUGAUACCAAAUGGGGCGGACACUGGUGGUCAGUGGACUUGUGAUAGCAGUAUAUAUAGUGGCAACUUUUGGAUACCCCUUCAAAUCACGUGACUCUUGCAGCCAAUGUGCUCCAGGGACGUACCGGAAACGAGCUUGCAGUGAUGACGUCGACACUCUUUGUGCACCUUGUUUACAUGGAACCUACACUGACCUCUACAACUACCUCUCAGAGUGCCAAGUUUGCUCCAAAUGCCCACCUCGUUAUUACAAACACCAAGACUGCUCAACUAAAAGUGAUACCGUUUGUUCCCCUUGCUCAGAACUCCCGGCUGAGAAGUUACAGUAUUUCUCAGGAUGUCAGCCGAGAGCGAAGAAGAUAGAUGUAUCUGGAGGACCCCUCAAGAAUUUGAGCGAUUUAAUGUUCGGCGACGACCCGAACACAGAAAAUGGCGGGGCUGAUGAAACUAAAGAUGAUUCACCAAAAGAUAAUGAUGAAACUAAAGAUGAUUCACCAAAAGAGGAUGAUGAAACUAAAGAUAAUUCACCAAAAGAAGAUGAUGAAACUAAAGAUGAUUCACCAAAAGAAGAUGAUGAAACUAAAGAUGAUUCACCAAAAGAAGAUGAUAAAACUAAAGAUGAUUCACCUAAAGAAGAUGAUGAAACUAAAGAUGAUUCUCCAAAAGAAGAUGAUGAAACUAAAGAUGAUUCACCAAAAGAGGAUGAUGAAACUAAGGAUGAUUCACCUAAAGAGGAUGAUGAAACUAAAGAUGAUUCACCAAAAGAAGAUGAUCAAACGAAAGAUGAUUCACCAAAAGAUGAUGAUGAAACUAAAGAUGAUUCACCAAAAGAGGAUGAUGAAACCAAAGAUGAGUCACCAAAAGUGGAUGAUGAAACUAAGGAUGAUUUACCAAAAGAAGAUGAUGAAACUAAAGAUGAUUCACCAAAAGAAGAUGAUGAAACUAAAGAUGAUUCACCUAAAGAGGAUGAUGAAACUAAAGACGAUUCACCAAAAGAAGAUGAUGAAACUAAGGAUGAUUCACCUAAAGAGGAUGAUGAAACUAAAGAUGAUUCACCAAAAGAAGAUGGUGAAACUAAAGAUGAUUCACCAAAAGAGGAUGAUGAAACUAAAGAUGAUUCACCUAAAGAAGAUAAUGAAACUAAAGAUGAUUUACUAAAAGAAGAUGAUGAAACUAAAGAUGAUUCACCAAAAGAGGAUGAUGAAACUAAAGAUGAUUCACCAAAAGAGGAUGAUGAAACCAAAGAUGAUUCACCAAAAGAGGAUGAUGAAACCAAAGAUGAUUCACCAAAAGAGGAUGAUGAAACCAAAGAUGAUUCACCAAAAGAGGAUGAUGAAACUAAAGAUGAUUCACCAAAAGAGGAUGAUGAAACCAAAGAUGAUUCACCAAAAGAGGAUGAUGAAACCAAAGAUGAUUCACCAAAAGAGGAUGAUGAAACUAAAGAUGAUUCACCAAAAGAAGAUGAAACUAAAGAUGAUUCACCAAAAGAGGAUGAUGAAACAAAAGACGGUUCGCUAAAAGAGGAUGAUGAAACGAAAGAUGAUUCACCAAAAGAGGAUGAUGAAAACAAAGAAGAAUCUUUCGCUGGAUUAAACCUUAAUUUACCGUAUCAUACAGUGGACUCUCAUGAGAAAACACAAAAUGUGGAUGAUGAUGGCAAAAAAGAUGAUUCACCAAAAGAUGAUGAUGAAACUAAAGAUGAUUCACCAAAAGAUGAUGAAACCAAAGAUGAUUCACCAAAAGAGGAUGAUGAAACUAAAGAUGAUUCACCAAAAGAAGAUGAUGAAACUAAAGAUGAUUCACCAAAAGAAGAUGAUGAAACUAAAGAUGAUUCACCAAAAGAAGAUGAUGAAACUAAAGAUGAUUCACCAAAAGAAGAUGAUGAAACUAAAGAUGAUUCACCAAAAGAAGAUGAUGAAACUAAAGAUGAUUCACCAAAAGAAGAUGAUGAAACUAAAGAUGAUUCACCAAAAGAGGAAGAUGAAACUAAAGAUGAUUCACCAAAAGAAGACAAUGAUAAUAAGGAUGAAUCUUUAACUGGUGCUGGAUUAAACUUUCAUUUACCACAUCACAUUGAUGAUUCCAAAGAUAUACCAGUAACACUUAAAGUGGAUGAUGAAGAAACUAAAGACGAUAAACCAGAUGAAGGCGAGGUUGAAACUGAAAAUGACACAACCAAAAGCGAUGAUGAUGAAACUAAAGAUGACACUCCAAACAUCGACGGUAACACGGAAGAUGACGACACACCAAAAAAAGAUGAAAAUGACUCUAACGACGACUCAACGAAAGAUGACAAUGACAAUAAAGAUGAUAUAAGCAUAGAUGUUCUUACACCACAUCACACUGAUGAUACCAAAGAAGAGACAUCUAAAGAUGGCGACAGUGAUGACACUAAGAAUGAUACGCCGAAAGAGGAUGAUGGAACUAAAGAUGAUUCACCGAAAGAGGAUGAUGGAACUAAAGAUGAUUCACCGAAAGAGGAUGAUGGAACUAAAGAUGAUACACCGAAAGAGGAUGAUGGAACUAAAGAUGAUUCACCGAAAGAGGAUGAUGGAACUAAAAGCGACACGCCAAAGGAUGACAUCGAAAGUGCAGAAAACGAAGGCGAAAAAGCUGAUGGACAAGAAGACGAAGAAACCAAAGGCGAUGAAGACGCAACUGCCGAUGUGGUUGCAAUAGGUGAUGACGAAACAAAAGACAGUGAUGACACUACAACUAGUGAACCACCAGUUACGGAAGUGAAUAAAGAUGAUUCAGUAAAUAAAGAUGAGUCAGUAAAUAAAGAUGAUUCAGAAGAAGGGAUCAAGGAAGAAGAGCUAAUACCAUCUCAUGCUCAGCACUUGGAAGUGUUGCCUGAAUCAUCCGAGACAACUACAGUAGGGGACACGUCUAGCGAGAAGGCAUCUCACGAGGACAAACCAGAAGCUGAAGCCUCAGAAGAGGAGGACGCGGACUUCGGAGCGGUUCACGACUCAGAAAAACCGGAAGUAGCUACCACAGCCGACAACGGCACUGUCGAAGCUGUAGUCGUUGAAGCAGACAUGCCAGUCGACGGGCAAGCCAUCACGACUCCUGCUCCCUCAGAGAAAACGCAUUUAGGGGCGGCUCACGAGAUGGAACUAACGACGGCAGCUGACAAUGGCUCCGCCGAAGUUGCACUCAUUCCCGCAAAUAUUCCUGACGACGAAGAAACCGACGAUGGCGGUUCUCAAACAACUGCCGCUGCACAAGGCUUAACGCCGCCCACUGAUGUAGAUGAACCUGAUGAAAGUGCCAAUGAUACGGAAGCUGUGUCCGUCCAAAAAACCGGGGCAAAAGUUCAACAGCCGGAAGUCAUACAAGAGACCACCACGUUAUUGCCAAAGCUUGACGAAGACGAUGAAGGAGAGGACACAGGCGACAGUGAAGUCACGUUUGAAAUUGUUGAAAUAACAACCAAGGCUAGCCCUAAGAAGAUUCCCCACCUCCAUGAGCUUGAGGAGUCGUAUACAACCUCUGCCCCGGAAGGAAAUGACGAAACUGGAUCAGGAGAGGUAGAAGAAGAAACUAUUGAUGAUUCCAACAGAUCAUUGAGCAGCAAGUCUGAAAAUACUGAAGAGGACGAAGAAAGCAGCAGAAGAAAGACUGCAAUCAUAGUUGGCGUGUCUAUUGGGGGAGUUGCGUUGUUUGCAUUAGCUUUCUUCGUGUCAAGAAAGUGUAGAAAAGGCAAACAUUUCAAAGUUAUGAAGAAAGUAAGAAGUGAUGAUAAUGAAAUUGAGUUUCGCCCAGUGAGCACCAAUGCUGAUCGUUUCACAACAACCAAAACCAACAAUGGAAUUUACAAACCAGUUUCGACAGUGAAACCUCCAUCGCCCAAAAGGGAUCCCAUCGUCAGGACCCCUGCAGCCAACAAUGACCUCUAUGCUGUUCCAAAGAAAUUGAAAAGAUCUUCUCUGGAAGCACCAGUAGUUUCAACCUUAUCUGAGUCCCCACAAGAGCCUUUGAUCAAAGAUGAAAAAGACAGAAUUAAAUAUAUAGAUGACUCAACUGAUGAUGAAGGUAUCAUGUCUGUCAGGGAGAAGCUUCUCCCCAAAAAGUCACCCAAUUUAAGUAACGUUGUAGAGGAGACACCACCGCCAACUCCAGUGGCCAGUCCCUCAGGCAAAGACUUGAGUAGUGCUGCCAACGGCAAUCAUUACAAACAUACCAAUGGAAACAGCCCGGGGGCCCAGAACCGAACCACUUCCACUAGUAGCAAGGGCUCUCUCACCAAGGAAAUGACAGCCACAUUGGCUAGCAAGAUGGAAGAUAAGAAACCCAUUCCUACCACACCAGAAAAUGUUCAGUGCUAGAAACUGUUUUUGUGAUGUUUUGUUUUGUGUUUUUGAAAACAAAGGUAAAGCUAUACCUUGAAAAAUCACAUAAACAAAAAGUUAUGACACAAGAGUGAGAAAAAAUAUUACCUUUCGAAAGUUAUGGGUUAUGUUGAUGUUGGAUGUAGCCAACAUAAUACUUUGAAAUAUGGAUACAAUACUUUGAUAUAUUGAUUAAAACUAACUCAUGCUGCUGGGUUUAUGUGUGUAAAUAAUAACAUUUUGGUCUUAUUAGAUCUUGUUUGAAUAUUCAAAAACACAAAAUUACAUAUUUGGUUUUUAUGCCAAAAUGUUAAAUUUACUACCACAAUAAAAAAAACAACAACAACAAAAAAUGUGCCUUUACAUUUAUGAAUGAACAAGUGCACUUUUGAGACACUAAUUUGUUAAAUUGGUGUCAGACAUAAGGUGUUUAAAUAGAUAUAGGUAAAGGUUACUUUAAUUUUGUUUUUUUUAAUGUACUUUUCCUAAAGUUAAAAAUAAUGUUAUUUUUUUUUUUGUUUCCUGUGUAACCCAGUACAUUGAAUAGCUUUCCUAGUUUUGCUUACAUUUCAUUAUGUUUUUUUUUCUUGAUUAUUUUUUUAAAAUGUUCUCACUUCUGCUUCUCUUGUGUUAGUAGAAGUGAAUGAAAUGAAAUGUUAAGUGUGUGAGUGAUUGCUGUUAAGACAAUAAUUCAUAAGAUAAAUAAAUGUAUUUAUUCAAUCAAGUUUUACAUGUGGAAAUGUGUGAUUAAAAAAAACAUUAAUUUGAAAAAAAACAACAACCUUGUCUUUCUUGUUCACAUUGAGGCAGUCUUAGACCUUACAUUUAACUAAAUACAUUUAGUUGUGUUUUAUUUUAUGGGGUUCAAAUAUGACAACAUAUGAACAAAUAUUUUUUUUUGGCUUUUUAUUUUAUUGUCAAAAAUCUUUUUUAUAAAAUGAAAAACUUAAGCGUUUUAAAAGUCUGGUAGGAAAAAAAUGUUUCCUAUGGAAGUAUUUAAUUUCAAAUAUUUAACAAACUUUGCUAAACUAAAACACCACAUAAUUUGAUGUAUAUUUUUUUCUCUAGAUAUUUGUACUCUAUUAUUAUUUUUUUUCUUUUUUGACAAUUUUGAUACUUAAAAGGUUUGUUAUUAAUGAUGUUCCUAAUUUUACAUAAAAAAUUUUUUUUUUGCUCAAAACAUUUUUUUGUUACCGUAUGUUUAAAACUGUUUAAAAAAAACCCUGAUUAAAUGUGAUUAUUUAGUUUUGUUCCAAUUUCUUUAAAGCUGUGAAAAUGCUUGUAAAAAAUGUGAAAGAUAGCUAGUGUUUUACCUUAACAUUACACAAAUGUUGGAUUAUUAUUUAAAUUUUGUUUCGUUUCUCAAAUUUAUCUUUCCUGUGUCUUUUUAUGUAACUGUUGUUUUUUUUAUUUCCAUAUUUCUCUUCAGAUUUUUAUAAAAAUCAUCUAUCAUAUCUAGUCAUAUCAUAUGUUGUCAUCAAGUACACAUAUAUAUUCAUAGUACACAAAUACACACAUACAUGAUUGAUUCAUUUAUUUUAAUGUAUAUGUAUUUUUGGAAACAUGAUCUAUAUCUAUACAUUUCUGUAGGCAUUUAUUCUACAAUUACAGGUAGAAAAAAAAAUACAUAAAAAAAAAAAAAAAAAAACCUCAAUAAAGUUAUGUGUCCUUUCCAUGGAACAAAUUAUAUUAACGAUUAUGCUUAUAAAAUAGGUAGAAUACACUUGAAUACAUUUCUUAAUGUAUCUUGAUAACAGACUGUAUUUAAAAUUGGAACAUUUGUUGCUGCUGUUGUUGUUAUUAUUGUAUUUUUGUUUUCUUUGUUAUACAUUCACUUUCUUUGUACAAAUUCUUCUAUCAUGAAUAUCAUAUUCAUUUAUAUGAUAGCUAAAGCUUUAAUUUGGGCUUAUUUGUAUUUUGAUUCAAAUUUUCUGUGAUUUACCAAGGCAUUUCAUGAUGUUGCUAAUAUAGCUUAGGCAUAUAUUAUUCUAAUAUGGUUAGUGUACAUUUAAUUUUAAUGAAUAACUAUGAUUCAAAGCUGUGUAGAUCUAUAAGUGAUUACUUUUAAUUAAUUUCUCAAGUAGAGUUAUGCAUCUAUCAAACUUAUUUCCUGAUAAGAUAUAGGUCAUGAGAUGGGUUUUUGUGCACCACUGCCACCUAGCCCAUUCUAUCACUUUUUCUUUUUGCUGCCAACUUUUAUUCUUCUUUUAAAAAACAAAUAUUUCGUUCAUUUUUUCUAGUGUAGAGCUUAAGUUAAUCAGAAAUGUAGUUUAUAACAAAGACCUUCAAUAAUAUAUAGAAAAAAUCUCAUAGUUCAAGUACAAUGCAAAUCUGGCGCGUAAAAAUAUUUUACUCACUGCUAAGUAUUUACUGCCCAAAAUUAAGUUUCUCCAAUAGGUAUACAGUGCCAUGAAUGUAAACCUCAAUAAAAGAGAGCACUAUGAUUUCUUCUCAAUAACAUUAUGGACUUGACUCUGCCUAUGUUUAGUUCAGGCCAAUUCUACUCUUUAGUGUUUUAAAUGGAUUUCAUUCUCUAAGGAUGUCUCGUAGGCUGCAUUCUAUUACUUAGGAAUGUUUAGUUUUUAAGUAUUUGUACUCUUUGUAUUAGUAACUGAAUAUAAUGGGUAACUUUCUGAUUACUGUGUAUAUUUGUGCAGCUUUGAAAUGAACCCAUUCUGACAAUGUCUCAUGAGAAUAUGUUGUAAAUUAAGGAAACUUGGUUUGAGUGCAUUAUGGGAAAUUUACGCUGAUGUCUUUUUUUUUUUUUUUAAGCUCGAUGGUUCCCAAUUCAUAUGUAAAAUAUCAUAAUUGUCUCAUUCUCAUAUGUUGCAAAUCAACCAUGGAAUAAAAUGAAAUAAAUACACCAGAAGUUAUGUACUAAUCUCAUUGUUUUUUUAUAACUAUAAUGAGAGAGCUUGUAUGUAACACAGUAUGUAUAAAAUGCUUUUAUUUUAAAAAAUGAGAAUUUCAAUCAUGCAUUUUGGAUUUGUAUUAAAAAAAAUUAUUAAAAAUUAAGCAAAUGAAUA